AGUGACUGAAUUUUAUAAAACAGUAGCUCUAUCAUUUUGCUGGAAACAGUUAAAUAUCGUUGUUACUGAUACGAAUGGAAAGGAUUCUAUACCCAAAGCAACGGAGCAAUCUUGGUGAAUAUUGAAGUUUAAUGGCAUGUACUAGUGAAUGAAAUGUUUGUGAUCAUAAUUUUGGGCUAUUUUACGAAAUAAUUUCUCUGUAACUUCGACCGAAAGAUAAACCUGAACAUUUUUCUUAUUUUAUCACAUAAAGUAAUAUAAAACAUAAAUGAAAAGUGGUGCCCGUCAAUUCAGAAAGAUCCGAAAAGAAAAAUUGAUGAUCAGUUCCAAAGUAAAUUUGCUACUGAUUAAUCACCGCUAACUCUUCAGUUGCCAGUGACCUCAUUUUUCUGUCGAUUAAUCUCCGGUCUUCGCAAAAAAAAAAAUGGUAUUUUAAAAGAUUUUCUCGAAUCUUAAUGGGAGAAAAAUGCUUAUUUAACAAUCUAUGUUAUUCUACCUCUUAAUUAAAAAAAAAAAUUCAAAGUUAACAACAAAACUCGACCGCACAAAAGAAGCCGGCCUAUGUUUACCAUAAAAGAACAAGAAACAAAAAACAGCAUCGCUACCAGAGGAAAAAAAAAUGAUCUGCUGGCUAACAAAUUAACAAACAAAUAAUCCCUGGACUUCAUCAUUUAAUAUAUCCCUCUUUGAAAGAGAAAAGGGUGUUAUUUGAAGGAAAUAUGACGACUGUUUCUUGUAAGUCGAACGGUUAUCUGCCACCAGGUUCAGGUGAAAGGUCAGAUAUUAUUCCUUCUUGAAUCCGUUGUUGACAGGAAUCGUUAUUACUUAGUUUAGCCAUGUGCUGGCAAUGAUCGCUUACUUUUGUCUUCGUUACCGGUCAGCCAGGCCAUGUAACACCUUCUCGUUUGAAUCCAGUCGUUUAUGUGUAAAUAGUGAAUGUAUUGUUCUUAUUGUUGUUUAGCUAUUUUCAUCCUUGAUCAAACAACAUUCCAGCCCUGACUUUCUCAUAUUUUUUCUCAGGUAUAGAUUAUCUAGCUAUUUCGGGAAAUACACGCUACCAUCUUAUUGCAAUUGCUAUCUCUAUUUCUAAGACAAUAGGGGUAGAUUUGGCUGUUAUUUCUUGCACGUAGAAGUUCCCUCGAUACUUAAAUGAUGUGUUGUUUAAAAAGAGAAAGAAAUCGAGACCCGAAGAAGCAGUGUUGAUGAAUUGUUUGUAUCAUGAAAACUAUUCCUAAAUGAAGAUGGACUCAUUGAACUGUAUUAACUAAAAUAUACACUGCAGAAUUUAUAGAAAACUGAAAACUUACAUUGUCUGUUGAAAGUACAGUCAUAUUGUAAGUAUUAAAAGUUGCAUUGUGUGAAAGCAUCACAGUAUAAUGGAAGACACUGUGGUUGAUGCAGAAGAGACAAAAUACUACUGUGAGAUUUGUAAUGAAAAGUUCUCAUACAUUUCACAUUUUGAUUUACAUAAGCAGUCUCAUACUGAAGAGAAACUAUAUCACUGCGAUAUAUGUAGUAAAACAUUUAUAUCUAAUAAUUAUUUAAAGUCACAUAAACUUGUUCAUACUGUAGAGAAACCAUACAAAUGUGAUGUUUGUGGUAAAACUUUCAAAAGAAGUCCUAACUUAAAGAAACAUAAAGUUAUCCACACAGGAGAGAAACCAUUCCACUGUGAGAUUUGUGAUAAAACCUUCUCUCGAAAUGGUGCUUUGAAAUACCAUCUACUAGUUCAUUCAGGAGAGAGGCCCUUCCGCUGUGACAUUUGUGGUAAAUGCUUCUCAAGUAAAGGUGUAUUAAAACAACAUAUAGUGCUUCAUACAGGGGAAAAAUUAUACAAAUGUGACUUUUGUGACAAAGCCUUCUCCAGAAGAAAUGACUUAACAAAGCAUAAAAUGAUUCACACUGGACAGAAACCAUUUCAUUGUGAAAUUUGUGGUAAAAUGUUCUUCAAUAAUUGUUACUUGAAGAAGCACAAAAUGAUUCACACUGGAGAAAGUCCAUAUCAUUGUAACAUCUGUGGUAAAAUAUUUUCUUACAAAAGUAUCUUAAUGGACCAUCAGCUUGUUCAUACAACAGAGAAACCAUAUACAUGUGAUGUGUGUAACAAAGCUUUUAACAGACGUUCUACUCUAAAGAGGCAUAUAAUGAUUCACACAGGAGAGAAACCAUUCCACUGUGAAAUUUGUGGUAAAACUUUUCCAAUUAACAGUGGAUUAAAGCAACAUAUGUUGGUUCAUACUGGAGAUAAAAUAUAUGAAUGUGAAAUUUGUGAUACAUCAUUCCCUAGAAAAAGCGAUUUAACUAAGCAUAAAAUGGCUCACACAGGAGUGAAGCCUUAUUACUGUAACUUUUGUGGUAAUACUUUCUGGGAUAACACUGACUUAAUAAAGCAUAAGAUGCUCCAUACACAAAAGUGUGAUAUUUGUGGUAAAGUAUUUGCAAAAAGUCAUAAUUUAAAGAGGCAUAAAGCCCUUCAUACCGGAGAGAAACCUUACAUCUGUGAAACUUGUGGUAAAUCUUUCUCAUGCAGUGAUUACUUGAAGAACCAUAAAGUGGUUCAUAGUGGAGAGAAACCAUUUAGCUGUGACAUUUGUGGUAAAGCAUUUUCAUUAAAAUCUAACAAAGAUAGACAUAAAAAGGUCCACACUGGAGAGAAACAAUACUACUGUGAAGUUUGUGAUAAAACUUUUUCAGAAAGUUCUACCUUGAAAAAACAUAAGUUACUUCAUUCAGGAGAGAGGCCCUAUCAAUGUGAACUUUGUCCUAAAUCCUAUUUGUGUAUUAAAGACUUAAAGAAACAUUAUAUAAUUCAUACAAAUGACAAAACACACAAAUGUGAAGUCUGUGGUAAAGCUUUCUGGUAUAAAGGUGACUUAAAUAAGCAUUUCAUAAUUCAUACAGGAAAGAAAUCUUCAUCAACCACACCAUGUUAAUUUUUGUCAAUCUCAUUGACAUGGUUUUCUUACUGUACAUUGACAUUUCUGUUGAUUCAUUGCUAUCUGGUCUGUGGGACCCACAUUCUGAUAUUGGUUUCAAAUUUUGGCACAAGGUCAGCAGUGUUAGGGAGAGGGCAAGCUGAUUGCAUCAACCCCAGCCCUCAAAUGGUAUUUGUUUUAUCAACCCUGAAAGGAUGAAAGGCAAAGUCAGCCUCAGUGGAAUUUGAACUCCGAACAUAAAAACAGACUGAAAGCCAUUAAGUUUUUUGCCCCGCAUGCUAACAAUUCUGCCAGCUCACCAUCCCACAUUCUGAUAUUACCACUUCUUUCUAUUCUCCACUUUCAGCUCAUGGAAUUUUCUCAUCCAGUAUAUCCUUUUUAAAUAACAUCACUUACCCACACCUGUGUAGUUGUACAUUGACUGAUUCCCAGCAUCUCUAUUUAUUCAGCUUUUACUCAGUCUUUCAUUAGAGCUAACAUUACACAUCCAACACACCCUUGCUGCAGAUCUUCUGAAUUUAAUACCUAUGUUUUACUUGCACUGCAUUCUCUGAAAAUUUUCAUAUAGUCUUAUUUGCAUCCAGACAAAAAUUCAUUGUCACUAACGGUCAACAGUUCUUGAACUUAGCUAACUCCUUUCUACUGUUUUUGCUACAUUCCCCAGUUCUAAUUAGACCGCACAGAUAACAUGUAUUGACAUACACAUCUAGUGGACCAUUUGAGUAAUUCAUGAUUUCAUCUUAUGUGUACCCAUACAAGUAACUAUCCUGUACAUCUUAGCAUUUUUCAAUUCUGGUUCUUUACUAAUCUACUUAAGAUUCCUCUGCAUCUUUUAUGUAACUGUUAUUUGUGCAAUGUACACAGUAUUGAGUUUUUAUCUUUCCUAUAUAUCUAUAAUGUGUGGAGGCGCAAUGGCCCAGUGGUUAGGGCAGCGGACUCGCGGUUUCGAUUCCCAGACCGGGCAUUGUGAGUGUUUAUUGAGCGAAAACACCUAAAGCUCCACGAGGCUCUGGCAGGGGAUGGUGGCGAACCCUGCUGUACUCUUCCACCACAACUUUCUCUCACUCUUUCUUCCUAUUUCUGUUGUGCCUGUAAUUCAAAAGGUCAGCCUUGUUACACUGUGUCACGCUGAAUAUCCCCGAGAACUACGUUAAGGGUACAUGUGUCUGUGGAGUGCUCAGCCACUUGCACGUUAAUUUCACGAGCAGGCUGUUCCGUUGAUCGGAUCAACUGGAACCCUCGACGUCGUAAGCGACAGAGUGCCAACAACAACAAUCUAUAAUGUAAGGCCACCUUAAGAUGGCACUAGGUUCUUGCACCUUGUCGCUGCCUAACACAUUGGUUUUUAUUCUGUUGACAUUCAGACAUAGAAAUAUUGAUUUCAGAUUUUGGCACAAGGUCAGCAACAUUGGGUGGUGGGGUGUAAGUAGAUUACAUUGACCACAAUGUUCAACCGAUACUUAUUUUAUUGCCCCAAAAGGAUGAAAGGCAAUAUCAACCUCAUCAGAAUUGGAAGCUCAGAAUGUAAAGUCAGCAUUUUGCUUGGCAUGCUAAUGAUUCUACCAGCUUGCCAUCUUUGUUACUGAAGAAAUAUUGGCUGUUGUUAUUACUACUGCCUUACAUACUCACUUGAAGGCAGCCAAUCUGUAAUUUGGUUACUUUGAACAAACCUAUGUUAAUGUAAAGUGAAAUUUCCUAGGAUAUGUGUAGGUGAGGUGAUAGUGGCCUAUCUUAAAACAAUUACUUCAAAAAUACAACUGACAGACUUGAGGCUGCAUAAAGAAGUACUGAUUUCUAAUUGUGGAGGGAACCUGUGGAAGGGGUAGACCCAGGCGAGAUGAGAGGUGAAGUGGUGAGAAAUGGUCUUCAGAUGCUGAGCCUCGCAGAGAUGACAAGUGUCUGAGACUUCUAACAAUUUGCUGUACUUGAGAAGACACAUCAAGCUAAGUGAAAACAUGGCCAUCUACACAUGCAUGCAUGUCCUUUACGGACAUUUUCCACCUGCCUUACACACACAUAUACAUUAUCUGACCUCUGUCAAAACUCUCCCAUCUUCCCAACACCUGCUGCAGACCCCACCCCUCCCCUCCCCGCUCUCAUGUGCUACAUGCACUCUCUUCAUGCCCUCACAUAUCAAUCUCUCCAAAUUCCCUCACUAGCACUUGCUACAGUCAUGUCUUCCCCAUCUCUAAAUAUAUCUCCUCACAGAACAUCCUUCUCUACUACUUAUACCCCCUCCACUGUUCACUAUGGGUAGGCCCUAAUACAUCUUCAAUACCAUCUAUUUCUCUCUAACAUAAAAAGCACCAAUGCUGGUGCCAUGUAAAAAGCAUCCAGUACACUCUGUAUAGUGGUUGGCAUCAGGAAGGGCAUCCAGCCACAAAAAUCAUGCUAAAACUGAUAAGUGGAGCCUGGUGCAACUCUCCAUCUUGCCAGCUUCUGUCGAACUGUUCAGCCCAUGCCAGUAUGGAAAGUGGAUGUUAACUUUCAAUCUUGGCAUGGUUUCUACAUGCCUUGAUGUCUUUUCUAAUGCCAACCACUUUACUGAAUGUACUGGGUACUUUUUAUGUGGCAUCAGCACUGAUGUAGUCACCAAGUACCUUGCAUGACAAAAAGGCAAAAGAAGACAAAAGACAGAGACCCCCUCUCAACUGGGAGUGGAGAUGACUUGAGAGAUUAAAGGUAUAGAGGGACAGAGAUAUGUAUCUUGCUGUAGAUACAUAGAUUACCCAGUUGGAAGAGAAAGGAGAGUGAGAUAGAGAGUAAAAUAAGAUAAGGAGAGCAAUAGUGAGAGAAAUGAUGAAAAUGUGUUGGAACAUGCUCUCGAAAGACUUUGGGAGUGGUGAGAAUAAGUGAAGUGAUAAAGAGAUUUGGACUGGGUAAUUGGAUAGCAUUGAGGUGACCAAAGCAAAUGAUAAAGAGAAACCUAGGAGAGGCUUGGGGAUGGGGUUGCAGUAGAUAUGUGAGGACAUUGUGGGUGAUAGCAGAUAAGUGAGGUGUUAAUGAUGGAGAAGAACACAGUGGGGGGGAAGAGAAGGUGCAGAAAGAUGAUUGUUAGAGACAGUAGGUUGAGUAAGAUAACGAGAAAUGAAAGUGGUUUGCGUUGGGGAAGAAAGGUAAUUGAGAAAGCUGGAGGGAUGUAGCAUGUGCCUAUUCUGCCCUUAUGAUAGAGAAGUGAUAAGUGUUAGGGUAUAAAAUGUGGGGGAGGGAAAAGGUGACAGGGUAGAGCCCCACAUGGACAAGCGUUACCAAGCUGGAUUAAGGAUAUCAGUUCUGUUGUGGUCAGCGGGUCUUCUUGAGUACAACAAGGCACCUGAUAUCUUAGUCCUUUGUCAUCUUUGUAAGGCUGUGUUUUGAGAUCAGCCUUCAAUACUUCAUCCCAUGUCUUCCUAGGUCUACCUCUUCCACAAGUUCCAUCCAUUCUAAAUGAUCAGCACUUCUUUAUGCAACUGUCCUCAUCCAUAUGCAUCACAUGAUCAAACCAGCACAGUCUGCUCUUUUGCGCUCUACAUCUAAUUCCUCUUAUGCUUAACUUUUCUCUUGAUAUACUUGCACUCUGUCACGCAUGUACAUUGACAUUGCACAUCUAGUGGAGCAUACUAACUUCAUUCCUCUCUAGCUUGCUCAUGUUCUCUGUAUUCAGGGCUCACAUCUCUCUACCUCAUAGUAUUGCUGUUCUUAUACAACCUUCCUUUCACUUGCAGACAAAAAACCUUUGGUUGCCCACAGACUAAAGCUCUCUCAACUUUCUCCAUCCUGUUCUUAUUCUAACGUGUGUGUGUUGUACUAUCAGUAGGAGUAAUUUUACCAAUAAAAUCACACGCUAAUUUUUUUUUUUUGUUAUUAUUAUUAAUUAACUGGAGGCGCAAUGGCCCAGUGGUUAGGGCAGUGGACUCGCGGUCAUAGGAUCGCGGUUUCGAUUCCCAGACCAGGCGUUGUGAGUGUUUAUUGAGCGAAAACACCUAAAGCGCCAUGAGGCUCCGGCAGGGGAUGGUGGCGAACCCUGCUGUACUCUUUCACCACAACUUUCUCUCACUCUUACUUCCUGUUUCUGUUGUGCUUGUAAUUCAAAGGGUCAGCCUUGUCACACUGUGUCAUGCUGAAUAUCCCCAAGAACUACGUCAAGGGUACACGUGUCUGUGGAGUGCUCAGCCACUUGCACAUUAAUUUCACGAGCAGGCUGUUCUGUUGAUCGGAUCAACUGGAACCCUCGACGUCAUAAGCGACAGAGUGCCAACAAUAUUAAUUAACUAAUUAAACAGUUGUCUAGGCAAUUCUUUAUCCAAUCAUUUAAUUAGUUAGUUUGCUUGAGCUUUUUCCUUAUCUACUUCAGGUCUGUUACAGCCACAAACUAGAUACAUUGUUUUUUCUUCAGUACUUUUGAAUUUUGUGUGUUUAUAGGUGUUCAUUUGGAUUUAAGUGGUUUUUUUAAUCAUUAAUUUUGCCGUGGAGAUUAUUUGUGAAAGUGAGGUAGAGUUCUACACUGGAUAUCAAUUAAAACUGGAUCUUUUCCUAAAACAGUGUCAAUGCUAUGAGAUAAAGACAUUUUACCUCACCAGAUUUGAUCAAGGCAGACUACCUACCAUAACCUCAACAGUAAAAAAAAAAAAAAGAACCCCACUGAACAAUGGUAAUAUAAACUGACUCAGAGAGUUUGGAACGAUUUACAGUACAAACAUUUUCGAUCUUCUUUUUGAUCAAUCUCGUUGAUAUUCAAAGUUUUCUUUGCUUUCUGCAAGAGCUUAAUUUUCAAGGAAUUGGACUGAUGCAAGAAGACAUGCAGAAAAUAACCUCAUCUACCAUAAGGCCAUGCACAAAGCGAGAAAAAUUUUGAAAGUAACUCUUUUACAAUAUUUUAAAAUCAAUAAAAGCAUUUCAUUUUU